ACCGUACCAGAACGUCCAGAGCUACCGGUCCCCGGUGAUGACUACAGAAGGGUUGUGUUUCACCUUCAACGGGCUUGCGGCUGACGAAAUAUUCAACAUUGAGCAAUAUGUUUACUGAAAUAUUCAUCUGUCCUUAGACAGUUCUUAGAAGAUAUAACACCAAACCAGAACGUCCAGAGCUACAUGUCCCCAGUGAUGACUGCAGAAGCAUAGUACAAAGAGUGGGGAAUUAGGUUAUCUUCAUACAAAUGCAUCGCGCGCGGCUUGUAUGUGGCGCCAUAGUAUCUAUGCGUCGCCGCACGCACACUCAAACAAAAUCUCGACCCGUUUCUCAGUGCGUCAGUCAGUCAGUCAGUUUAAAUAUAUGUAUGAAGAUAAACUACUUCCCCACUCUUUGCACUAUGGCAGAAGGGUUGUGUUUCACCUUCAACGGGCUUGCGGCUGACGAAAUAUUCAACAUUGAGAACGUCCAACCGAAGUACAUUUUAUCCAACGUGUCGCUGUACAGGAGCCAAGGCUGGUCUCCGGAUCUUGGCUAUUUCAGCACAGAACAGAAAAAUGAAGAAACGCGAACUGAUCUACCGUAUCCUAGACGCGGCGAGGAAAGUAAACUGGAUUCUGCUGACUUUAGAUUGACCCUGCAUGAUACUUUGCGCCGUGAUUUUCUAUGCGACGGCACCUUUUUCCAAGGUUUUAAGGUGUUCCUCCACCACCCGGCAGACCUGCCGCAGUCGACGCUCAACUACUACGCUGCGCAGGCGCACGAACGCGUCACCUUGGCUGUCAAAGUCAACGUUGUCACCACCUCCGACUCACUGGCUGACUACUCGAUGGAACUGCGUCAGUGUUACUUCCCUUCAGAAAGAGCCCUGAAGUACUUCAAGGUGUACACACCGAGCAACUGCAGGCUGGAGUGUCUCACCAACCACACCAUCGAGAGCUGCGGCUGCGCCUGGUUCUACAUGCCGCGUGACAACAAAACACCUUUAUGUACAACCGCAAAUAAUAAAAAGUGUGUUGAAGAAGUGCUAGGUCAUUAUGUCACGAGCGAAGGCGAGUUUAGCAACAACGGCACAGACCGUUGUAACUGCUUGCAGUUGUGCCACAGCGUGCAGUAUGAGGCCGAGCCCGUCAGGACCAACUUCGAUUUCACCGCUUUUGACGAAGCCAGACACAAGUUUAGGAACGAGCUGAAUGGGUUGACAGAACCAUAUAAAUCUCUCAUAGACGGGCUAACCAGGAUCGAGAUGUACUUCAAGGACGCUCAGUUCGUGACGAUGCAACGCAAGGAACUGUUCGGGGCGACGGACUUUCUGGCCGAAUGUGGGGGGUUAGGAGGGGUGUUCCUAGGUUUCUCCUUCCUGAGCCUCGUGGAGCUCAUCUACUACUGUACUUUAAGAUUAUUCUGCAAGUUUAACGGACAAACCGAUGAAGAUAAAGGGAAGAAUGGUAAUGCAGUGCCCCACGCCAGCGAACUUCAGCCAUAUGAAGCGCGCGAUAUCAAAGACUAAUCGUCCCAGUGCUCAACAACCUAAUGCCCAAUAGAUGACACCCUGUCCUCACCUCUAUAGCUAAUAUCUCAUGAUAUUGCGAUAAAAUGAUAACUUAACGUUCGUAUGUUCUAGGAAUCGGGUCCGACGUAGAAGCGACAUCAUGCAUGAAAUAAAAUAAACAAAAUCUUUUAGGCGUUUUGUACAAAAAAGAUUACUCUUUAUUUUUGGACUGUGCUGUGCCUAAAAUAAUAUAUUAUUAUAAGUUAC